AGCUGAUGUUACGAAAUGCAGUAAUGAAAUGCUGUGGCUUCCUGUAUUCUAAAGUACCAGUUUCUGUGUUGUCUUCUUCAGAAAGCAGAACUCACAGAGGUUAACACAAAACAUUUCUAAAUAUUUCCCUGAUGUCACUGGGUUUACAAAUCGUGUCACAUGAUAUACACAAAUGAAGAAGAAAAAAUAACAGUAGCAAGUAAAUCUUUUACGGGAUUAACUGUUUAAUGUGAAAAAAAACUUUUAGGUAGAUCUAUCGCAGCUGAAGAACAAAGGUUUAAACCUCUAUGCCAAACAUGCCAUCUGUGAAGCGUCUGUGCCUUCUUCUAACCUUUUCCUUUUGCUCUUCUACAAAUACCAGUACAGAAGACGUUACAGUGUUUAGUGGAGAUGCUGCCUUUCUACCGUGUCCUUUACAGUUCAGUUACAGUGAGAAAGUCAGUGUAAAGUGGCUAAAAGAUGAAAACAAUGGAAACAAUUCAAAUGUAUGUGAAGGCAAUAUUCAAAGUAAUACAAUUUCUGAUCCCCCUAACUGCAAACCUCGGUUUAAACUAAAUAGAGAACCUUUAGGGCUGAAUAUAACAGGUAUUGUAAGCAGUGAUGCUGGUGUUUAUAACUGUGUGGUGACCAGAUUAAUACCACCACCAGCAGAAGAAAUAUCUUUACCUCUGAGGCUUAAAGUGUUCUCCUCUGCUGCAGUUCUACCAUCUCCUACCCUGCAGCUGAUAAGCAACACUAAUUCCUCCUGUGUGGAGCUGAUCUGCUCUCUGGAAGGUUUGAGUCCACAGCAGGUGAACUUCACAUGGACCAGAGCAACUCAACUUAUUCACCAUCUCGGGACCAGCAGUAUGAACAGCACUCUGACGCUCUGUAAGCCAAACUGGACAGAAGGAGAAACUCUCACGUGUCAAGCCAGUUAUUCACACAACCGGACACUCAGCAAGAACAUCACGCUGAAACAACACUCAGCAUCUCCAUCAGUUUCUGUGGCAUGUAUUAGAGGGUCUGAUGGAGCUCCCACAAUGCUGUGCGCUGCUGAGGGCUUUUACCCUGCUGAUCUGAAGCAGUCCUGGCUUACAGAUGGAGAAUAUAUCAGUUACCUGAACACUUCACUUACACCAACAUAUGACGAAAAUCUGACCUCUUUUCAUGCCAGCAGGAACUACAGCAAAAACAGAGACGGGUCUUACGACGUCACAUCGUAUCUUCACCCGUCUCGAACCAUCACAGUGUACUACUGCUGGGUUAAUCACUCAGGCCUGAGCAAACCCAUUCUGGUUAACAUUUCCUCUGCUCAGUGCACUGAAAGAAAAGAGGCAUUUACAGAUAUGUUUACAGGUUUAUUUGUGCGUUACAUGGUUGUCGGGAUUCUCUUUGGCUUAUUGGUAGUCACUGCUUUGUUCAUCGAAGUUUAUUAUCAACAUUUAACAACUUCUGCACGCCAUCUCUGGUCUACGGCUGAUGCCAAUGCUACAUCUGAACCUGUCUCAAACCAUCAGGUCUAUCAACAUGAGCUAAAGCAAACCUAUCCACUAUAAAAAAUAUGGUUAUGAUUAUGUAAGCGUAAUUAGUACCAUGUAUGAACUCAGGUCAUUACUCCUUCCUGACAGCAGAGGUGACAAAAUAUUAUGCAAACGUUUUCAAAUCACAGUAUACAGCAAACUUUUGCCCUAACUUAUAAUUGUGUAAAUUAUAAAGCUUGUAUUUAAUUCUGCCCAUUGUUUGGCUAAAAGUUGGUUGGGGAUUUGCGAAAGAAGAAAAAUGUACUGUAAUGUAAAAAACAAAACAAA